AAAGACAUCAAACGCAAUUGUCGUGGAUGAAUUUCAUAAUAUAUUUUGAUCAAUUGCUUUUAUAUUUUAAUUUAUUAGACAUUCACAUUAGUGUAGCAGUUUGCAAGCCAAGGAUCUAUUUGCGAGAAGAGCAUGGAAUCAAAGGGAAACAUUCUUGGAACUUCUCUGCUGGUGCCUUGUGUUCAAGAAUUGGCUAAGGAGCCCUUGGUUACUGUCCCAGAAAGAUAUAUACGCUCUGAUCUGGAUCGUCCCAUCGUUGCUGCUGGGGAUGAUGGCACUUUGCCUGAGCUUCCAGUUAUCGAUAUGCAGAGGUUACAUCUCCAAGAAUCCAUGGAGUCUGAGUUGGCCAAGCUUCACCUUGCUUGCAAAGAAUGGGGUUUCUUCCAGUUGGUAAACCAUGGGGUAAGCUCUUCAUUGUUGGAGAGAAUAAAGACACAAGUUCAGGAUUUCUUCAAUCUCCCAAUGGAAGAGAAGAAACAAUUCUGGCAGCAUCCUGGGGAAGUAGAAGGAUUUGGGCAGGCCUUUGUUGUGUCUGAGGAGCAAAAGCUUGACUGGGCUGAUAUUUGCGUUAUGAUCACUCAACCAAUCCAUUUGAGAAAGCCACACUUAUUUCCAAAGCUCCCUCUUCCUUUCAGAGACACCUUGGAGAGUUAUUCAUCAGAAGUAAAAACGCUAGCCGUGGAUAUCAUUGAGCAGAUGGCAAAAGUUCUGGGAAUUAGAGAUGAGGAAAUGAGAGAGAUGAUCACUGAAGGCAUAAUGCAAACAAUGAGGAUGAACUAUUAUCCACCAUGUCCUCAACCGGAGAAGGUCAUUGGCCUUACCCCACAUUCAGACGGCUCAGGCAUCUCCAUUCUCCUGCAAGUUAAUGAUGUUGAAGGUCUCCAGAUUAUGAAAGAUGGCAACUGGAUUGCUGUCAAGCCCCUUCCAAAUGCCUUUGUUGUCAACAUUGGAAACAUUCUGGAGAUCAUUAGCAAUGGAACAUAUCGUAGUAUCUUGCAUCGUGCAACAGUGAAUUCUCAGAAGGAAAGGCUCUCAAUAGUUGCAUUUCAUUCCCCGAGGUUCGACGGUGAUAUAAGUCCGGCAGCGAGCUUGAUUACCGAGGAAACACCAGCAUUGUUUAAAAGAAUCAAGGUUAAGGAGUACUUCAAUGGCUAUUUAUCUCGCGAACUUCGAUUUAAAUCUUACCUUGAUACGUUGAGAAUACAACAUGGUGAAGAGUGAAGACUACAAUUAGCCGAUUUGUGUCUGUCAGUGUGGAAACUCUCUCUAUAUGGCUUUUUGGUAUAUAUAUAUUAUUUAUAAAUUAUAAGCCUUUUAAAAUAUUUUUUUUCUAA